ACUUUGAAAAUCCGAUCUACCAAGCCGAGGAUGGAAGUGAGGAGGAUUGUGAAGUCCCUGGAGAACUUACCAGACUAUUACUGCAAGAAGAAAAGACUAUACAGCCGCAUGAGGAAUCAAUUGAAAUUGUAAAUCUGGGUACCGAGGUAGACAAGAAAGAAGUCAAAAUAGGAGCAGGCUUGGAGAACAGUGUCAAAGGAAGAUUGAUUCAGAUGUUACAUGACUAUUUAGAGAUUUUCGCUUGGUCUUAUGAAGACAUGCCAGGACUGGAUACUGAUAUAGUAGUGCAUCGUCUGCCAAUGAAGGAAGAUUGUCGUCCUGUUAAGCAAAAGGUUCGUCGCAUGCGUCCUGAAAUGUCUGAGAAAAUCAAAGCCGAGGUUAUGAAACAAUUUGAUGCAGGUUUUCUGGCUGUUACUUCUUAUCCUCAAUGGGUUGCUAAUGUGGUACCAGUGCCAAAGAAGGAUGGCAAGGUGCGAAUGUGUGUAGAUUACAGAGAUUUGAAUAAAGCGAGUCCCAAAGACGACUUUCCACUCCCGCACAUUGAUGUUCUGGUAGAUAACACCGCUCAACACAAGGUAUUCUCAUUCAUGGAUGGAUUCUCAGGUUAUAACCAGAUUAAGAUGGCACCUGAGGACAUGGAGAAAACUACGUUCGUGACGCAAUGGGGCACUUUCUGUUACAAAGUAAUGCCAUUCGGUCUAAAGAAUGCCGGGGCAACUUACCAACGUGCCAUGGUGGUUUUGUUCCAUGAUAUGAUCCAUCACGAAAUAGAGGUAUAUGUGGAUGACAUGAUAGCCAGAUCUCAUACUGAAGAAGAACAUCUCGAUCAUUUAUACAAACUGUUUGAGAGGUUGAAGAAAUACAAGUUGAGAUUGAACCCGAACAAAUGCACCUUUGGAGUAAGAUCCGGUAAACUCUUGGGCUUUAUUGUCAGUGGUAAAGGAAUUGAGGUUGACCCGGAUAAGGUGAGAGCUAUUCAAGAAAUGCCAGUCCCCCGUACAGAUAAAGAAGUCAGAGGUUUCUUGGGACGUUUGAAUUACAUUGCCCGAUUUAUCUCCCAUUUGACUGCUACCUGCAAACCCAUCUUCAAACUACUGAGGAAAAAUCAAGAGAUGGUAUGGAAUGACGAAUGUCAAGAAGCUUUUGAUAAAAUCAAGAAGUAUCUCCAGGAACCUCCAAUUCUGAUACCACCAGUUGAAGGAAGACCUCUAAUCAUGUAUUUGACCGUGUUAGAAAAUUCAAUGGGGUGCGUGUUGGGGCAGCAUGACGAGUCUGGUCGAAAAGAGCACGCCAUAUACUACCUUAGCAAAAAGUUCACCGACUGUGAAACAAGAUACUCACUGCUCGAGAGAACUUGUUAUGCUUUGGCCUGGGCUGCUCGCCGACUAAGACAGUAUAUGUUGAAUCAUACCACUUUAUUGAUUUCUAAGAUGGAUCCUAUCAAAUAUAUAUUUGAGAAACCUGCUCUCUCCGGAAGAAUAACAAGAUGGCAGAUGAUUUUAACAGAGUAUGAUAUCCAAUACACUACUCAGAAAGCAAUCAAAGGAAGCGUGCUAGCUGAUCAUUUGGCUCAUCAAGCGGUGGAUGAUUACCAAUCUAUGAAUUUUGAGUUCCCAGAUGAGGAUGUCAUGCUUGUCACUGAUUAUGAAGAACCUGGACCGGAUGAAGGACCCGAACUGGGAUCCCGAUGGACUAUGGUUUUUGAUGGAUCUUCUAAUGCAUUGGGCAAUGGAGUUGGUGUUGUUAUCAUUUCCCCCAAGGGUUGCCAUACGCCUUUCACUGCUAGACUAUGUUUCGAUUGUACCAACAAUAUGGCUGAGUAUGAAGCAUGUAUUUUGGGACUCAGAGCUGCUAUAGACCUAAGAAUCAAGUUUUUGAGUGUGUACGGAGACUCAACAUUAGUAAUCAGUCAGAUCAAAGGAGAAUGGGACACUAAACAUCUGAAUCCCAUCCCUUAUCGAGAGCGGGUGUUAACGUUAAUCCCAUACUUCGAAGGGAUUACAUUCGAACAUAUUCCACGAGAAGAGAACCAGUUGGCAGACGCAUUAGCUACCAUGUCAUCUAUGUUCAGAGUCAGAUGGGAUGACGAAGCUCCCAUGAUCACCAUUGAACGAUUAGAUGAACCAGCAUAUUGUUAUGAACUCAAUACUGAGGGAGUAGAGGAGAAACCUUGGUUCCACGAAGUAAAAAGAUAUUUAGAAACUCAGGAAUACCCUGAAGGGGCAUCCAUCAAUGACAGAAAAUUUCUGAGGAAGUUCUCCGCUAAAUUCUUUUUGAGUAAUGGAAUAUUAUACAAGCGUAACCAUGAUUCGACUUUGCUUCGCUGUGUGGAUAAAAAGGAAGCAAAAAAGAUUAUGGAAGACAUGCAUGACGGUAUUUUUGGGACUCAUUCUAGUGGACAUACGAUGGCCAAGAAGAUUCUGAGAUCAGGAUAUUAUUGGUCUACCAUGGAAGCUGAUUGCCACCGUCACUCCAGAACCUGUCACAAGUGCCAGAUCUAUGCGGAUAAAGUACAUGUGCCUCCUGCUCCAUUAAACGUGUUGACAUCCCCUUGGCCCUUUGCAAUGUGGGGCAUUGAUAUGAUUGGAGAGAUUAAACCUACCGCUUCUAAUGGACAUCGUUUCAUCCUUGUUGCUAUUGACUACUUUACGAAGUGGGUAGAGGCGGCCUCAUUUGCUUCUGUUACCAAGAAUGUGGUGGCACGGUUCAUCAAGAAUAACCUCAUUUGUCGGUAUGGCAUCCCUGAAAGAAUUAUCACUGACAAUGGUACUAAUUUGAACAACAAGAUGAUUACUGAACUCUGCACGCAGUUCAAAAUAAAACACCAUAACUCUUCUCCCUACCGGCCAAAGAUGAAUGGCGCCGUGGAGGCUGCUAAUAAGAAUAUCAAAAAGAUCAUACAAAAGAUGACAGUAACGUAUAAAGACUGGCAUGAGAUGUUACCAUUUGCUCUCCAUGGUUAUCGCACGUCAGUGCGCACUUCGACAGGGGCAACUCCGUUCGCUUUAGUCUACGGAAUGGAAGCCGUUUUACCAGUGGAAGUUCAGAUUCCCUCUCUAAGAAUCAUGAAAGAGGCGGGCUUAGAGGAAGAUGAGUGGAUUCAGACUCGACUCGAUCAGAUAAAUUUGAUUGAUGAGAAGAGACUUGCGGCUGUUUGUCAUGGGCAGAUAUAUCAGAAACGCAUGACCCAGGCAUUUAACAAAAAAGUCAAGAGACAGGUGUAUCAAAUUGGCGACUUGGUGAUCAAGCGUAUCAUUCUACCACAAGGUGAUCCCAGAGGCAAAUGGACUCCCACAUACGAAGGGCCAUUUGUAGUUAAGAAGGUAUUCUCUGGUGGAGCCAUGAUGCUUGCUACCAUGGAUGGCGAAGAUUUCCCGCAUCCUGUGAACGUGGACAUAGUUAAAAAAUACUACGCAUAAAAGAGACCCGCUAGGUCGAUGUAUCUAGGCAAAAGUAAGGGCAUCCCGGCGAACCAAAAAGGUUCGGGCAAAAAUUAGGGAUAAACAUAUAAAAAUGUACACCCGGCAAGUCGAAAACCUGAAAAGGCGGUCCAGGCAAAAAUUGGGGAUUAAAGCGUAUGACUAUGUCCCGUUCUCGGCCAGCUUCACCCAAGUUCAAAGGAUUGAACAAGCUAAUCACUUUUAUCCGACCGCAGGAGAUGAGAG